AUUUCAAAGUGUCACAACUGCGUAUAUGUUUCACAACAAACAAAGCACAGGCAACGAAUGAACAAAAAUAUCAAUUAAAAUUUAUUUGAUUUGAAACUUGUUCAAAGUAUUGGGGGGAGGGGGACUUUUGGAGGAAUUCAAUCCAAAUGUUUACAAUUCAACCAUCAUGAAACGUUUCAUCACCGAACGCAAUGCUUGCUGAAUGCGGUUUGAGGGCGCACGUACGAGUAAUAUAUUUUUGCUGAACGAAAAAAAAACCGUUUUGUCCUGUGUGGCUAUUUAUUUUAUUUAAAAAAUAGCUAAAAAUGCUUUAUUGAUAAUUAUUUAAAAUAAUUUACUUGUUAAACCUUUAAUGUUUGUAUUAACGACCAAUGAUAUUUUUUCAACAACGACUAUAUUGAAAGACGGUCUCUUGCUAGAUAUCCGUGGAAAGAUGGCCGACAGCGAGGCUUGCAACUCAUGAGAAUGCGAUUUGUCCGUUUACGGAAACAAGUAACCAAGUUUGUUUUAGAGAAUAGAACAAAUGUUGAGAGCCUUUGCUCACCUCAAUUCUGGUUUUACUUGAUUUAUUGUGGCUGAUUAACAUGUAUGGUUUAACGUCCACCAACAGACUAUUGCUAUCUGAUGAAUGUUCUAGUAGUAGCAGUAAUAAGCUUCUACUUCCCCGAAGCUGUCUGCUUAAAGCCGUUAGUAAUCAUGAAUGCAGUAACCUGCCAAGUCUUGCCACCGAAGAGGACGAUGAAGUACACUUUGACACUUCUGACACUGACAACCACAAUGAAGUGCUUAUGGCGGGUAGACGCUACCCGUCUGUUCAAGAGUUUGCCUCAGCAAUCCCCAACCACCUCCUCCUGGGAUCUCUACUGGAGCAUCUGUGCUUUGUUUAUGAGAGUAACCCAGCACGCUCUCGAAUGCUAUUUAAAGUUAUUGGCCAGCGCUUAGCUUCGAUGAAUCUUCUCUCACCUCUGGCCAUAAGUGACGAGUUCAGCACAGUCAGACUUCAACACAACCGGGCCUUUACAGAGCUGCUACACGCUGCCAGCUCCUCACUGUAUCCACAGGAACAGCAGCAGCUGAACAUAAAUGCACACAAUCCUGCUGUAAGGCUGAAAGAAGGACUCUUUCAAGCGCAAACGUCACGUUACCUGAGCGAGUUUGAAGAAAUUGGGAGAAUUGGGAAAGGAUCAUAUGGAAAUGUUUAUAAGGUGGUGAACAAACUAGAUGGGCAGCGUUACGCUGUGAAAAAGAUUCUCAUUAAAAAAGUGUCAAAGGAUGAUUGCAUGAAGGUCCUCAGGGAAGUGAAAGUGCUGUCCAGCUUGCAGCAUGUCAAUGUCGUCGGAUAUCACACUGCAUGGAUGGAGCAUGUGCAGCCCACAUAUGCUGACUCUCUCCUGCCUGAACUGGCUUCACCUCCACAAGAAGACAUAUCUGAUGAGGACUCUGAUGACAGUAGCUCAAGUUUCUCUGUAGUUUUCCAAAGCCUUAGCCAGCCACAUGCGGAUACUCAGAAUGGCGACCCACGUGCCAAACCCCCGCUGACACAAGAGAAGGGUCAGGGUGUGUGUCCAAAAAUGAUGCGACGAAUCCCUGAGAACUAUGUACCCUGCGUGUUUCUGGGACAGAGAGGGUCCAUUCAAACGGCCAAAUGUCCCGCUGUUGGUUGGGAGACUUCGGGACAGCUUGUGGAGGAGUCCAGCAGGAACAACAUUGAGCUCAAUAACAACAACCCCUCUUGUGUUGAAAAGAAGUGUGAGCAGUACAAUAAACACAAAACAAGACCCUCUAAAGAGGUCCACCUUCACCUGAUGCUCUACAUCCAGAUGCAGUUAUGUGAACGUUCACUCAAAGACUGGAUGACCGAAAGGAAUUCCAAACCCAAAGAGGAGCAAACCCUAAGAUGUCCUUAUGGAUGUGUGAAUGCUGAGCAUACAUUCAGUCUGCUAAGAAAGAUACUUGAAGGGGUUGAGUACAUUCACUCGCGGGGAAUCAUUCACAGAGACCUUAAGCCAAGAAACAUUUUCCUCAACGGUCAUGACUGUCAUGUUCGUAUUGGGGACUUUGGUUUGGCCUGCAGUGGUCUCAUACUAGAUAGUCAUGAAAGCAACAUUUCCCACAUUGACGAUUCCCCACACACUACCGGUGUCGGCACAUUUGUUUAUGCUUCACCAGAACAACUAAAAAGCUCACAUUAUGAUUCGAAGUCGGACAUGUACAGCAUUGGGAUGCUCGCUCUUGAGCUGUUCCAGCCCUUUGGAACAGAGAUGGAGCGAGUCCGGACGCUCAGUGACCUGAGACAGGGCAAAAUACCGGAAUCCUUUAGCAACAGAUGGCCUGUCCUUGCCAAUUACAUCUUGAAGUUGACGAACAUGGAGCCCAGUAUACGGCCAACAGCCAGUGAGCUUCUGCAGAGUGAACUUUUCUGCAAUAAAGAUGUGGUAAUCUAUGGUUUGCAGAAAAAGGUUGAAGAACAAGAAGAAGAAAUCCUUCAUCUGAGGAAACAAAUACAGCGGCUCCAAAGUUCACACAGCACUUUUCAAAAUUGUCCGAGUUGGGAAAACACUUGACACCUUAAAGGUUCACUUCAGCUGUGUUUACAAUGCAGGCUGAAGCGACCCAAUUGUGGUUUGUCUUGCACACUUGUAUGUAGAUUAUUUAUUUAUCGUUAGAAAGUAAUUUAGAAAAAUGUUAACAUAUUGAACUUUUGUUUUAUGGUGUUGGACAAUGUGUUCUGCCCAAAUGUAGACAGUUUUAAAAGUAAAUGUGUAGCAGAUGUUCAAAUUUUGUGCAUUUGACUUCAUUUUUGUCUGUAUAGGGCGGAAAACACAGACAAGACUGAAAAAGCAGUUUCUGCUCUUGCACCCCUCUUUAAAAGAAACUGCUGUAUUUUAAGAUAAAACAACUGUUGCAUUUGAUAGAACAAUAUGUCUAUAUGCUGCCAUAGCAGAUUCAUGGCACAUGAAGCCCCCGAACUAUUUUUAAUUUGUCCGUUUUACUCUGAAAACCACCGUCUACAGACGUUGCGCAACCGCUUUUGUUUCAACCCAGCCAUAAAACGAAGGUAAUUAAUUAUAUUUAUUAUUCAAAAUGUCUGUCGUUUUUAGCUUAGAAUCAUUCAUUGAUGUCUCAUAUUUCGGUUUUUUAAAAAAACACUUAAAAAAAUUAUUCACUCACAUAUUUUAAACUUUUAAACAAAUUAUGUCACAAUGAAAAGAAUGGCGUCUGUAAAAAAGUCACGGAUAUCUACCUCAGAACUAUCGCAUGAUUGUAUUUUUUUUUGUUACUGUCGCAUUUUCUCCGAUAUGUUAGAUGAUAAAUUAUUGAUCCAAACAGAAAAAAGUUGGAAAAAAAAAACGUUUAAAAGGGUAAAUAUAUGAAAAAUAAAAUCUCGACCACUCCUUGAUGUCUGCGAUUUCUGCGUCGCGACCCUUGUUAUAUUACCAUGUUUCACCCAUAAAAUCCCCCAAAAAUCCAGUUGUGGCCAUUCACAGCUGUGUCUUGACACUCAGUGAUACAUGCUACAUGGAGUUUUUGGAUCAAAACAAAGUAAGUAAGCGAUAAUAUCUCGUUAAAGUCAUGGCGUCUGUAAUUCUGUUCUCACGUGCUCUCACCUCCAGAUAAGGUUUUGCUAAUAAAAAAAUAAAAUAUAUAAAUAAAUAAAUGCCCUCCUGCUCAAAAUUUUUCUUCCCCCAGAAAAAUUGAGAUUUUAAGCUUUCCAAUGAUGUAUCACACAUGCAUAUCGGACAAUUUUGAAAUUCUGCUAAAUUGGGGUUCUCAGAGCGGAACUUCAAGUCACCUGAGUGUUUUCCGCCAUAGGCUUAUUUCUCUCCAUAACAUUGCUUAUGCAUGCACAAAUACAAAAUUUAUCUAAAUAUGGCGGAAAACACAGACAAGACUGAAAAAGCAGUUUCUGCUCUCGCACUCGUCUUUAAAAGAAACUGCUGUAUUUUUAGCCAAAACAACUGUUGUGUUUAUUAGAACAAUAUGUCUAUAUGCUGCCAUAGCAGAUUCAUGGCGCAUUAAGCCCCCGAACUAUUUUUAAUAUGUCCGUUUUACCCUGGAAACCCCCGUUUACGGACGUCGUGCAACCGCUGUUGUUUCAACCUAGCCAUAAGAAGAGGGUAAGUAAUUGUAUUUAUCAUUCGAAAUGUGUGUCAUUGUUAGCUUAGAAUCAUUAAUUGAUGUCUAAUAUUAAGUUUAAGAAAAAAAAAAGACUUCAGAAAAUUA